AUGUCAGAAACUGCGAGAACUGACAAGAGCAGUUCAAAGAACAUUUAUGGUGACCCACCAAAGAUCAAUAUUAGUCUUCCAGAGAUAAGUGAACUAACCCAGAAUUUUAUACAUUGGAAGGAUGUUCAACUCCCAAUUGACAUUCUGUUGUUAACAGUAAAGGACUGUGAGUUCUUGAGCUGCUACUAUUACAUUAAUGAUCCAUUAAGAAGCUAUUGCAAAGGCCUUGGUCGUGUGUACUUUGGCAGCUUUGGUGAAGAUCAAGAUGUUAAACUGAAAGUUGCUUUAAUGAAAUGCUCGGAGGGAUUUAAAGUUCCUGGUGGUGCUUUGACUGUUGUAAAAAAUGCUGUCACUCAGCUGAGGCCAAAAGCUGUCUUUUCUGUGGGCCACUGUAGUGGUAUGAAUCAGGAAUCAACAAAACUUGGGGAUGUGGUUGUAUCAGAAAAGCUCACAACCUAUUCCUAUCAGAAGGUUACAAAGGAUGGAAAGAAAUUUUGUGGGUUCACAACUCCUGUAAGCAGAGACAUUGCUGAACUCAUUGAAUGUGCAGGUCAUGGUUGGAAUCCACCCCUAGAAAAUCCGAAAGAGAGGAAAGUUGAAGUCCUCUGUGGCGAGGUUUUGAGUGGUACUGAGGUCGUGAAAGCUGGAUGGCGACGAGAUGAACUGGUGAAGUCAUUUCCUGAAGCAAUUGCAAUUGAAACAGAAGGAGAGGGUAAGGUCUCUUUUUCCUAUGAAGUAACUGUUACUGUAAAAUCUGUUCAAGGAGAUAUUUGGGUAUAUUUGUAUCCUGGGAGAGAAAGAGUUGAUAUUCAUAUGUUGUUGGUAAGCUUUUCUGUAAGUGUUGAGAGAUGCACUGGCUUGUGAGUGAACAUACUGGACUUUAGAUCAAGAGGUCUGGGCUCAAGCCCUGGGCUAAAGUGAUUGUGUUCUAGUCUUGGCUGGGAUGCUUUACUCUCACAGUGUGUCUCUAUAUCCAGGAGUAUAGAUGGCUACUGAUGAACUGACAAGUAUUUCAUAUACUAUAUGGCAUGAAUAAGAGUAAAGUCUCAGUGGCUGAAUGGUAUGGGAUCUGGGAGAAGCUCAUGCUACAGGGACUAGCUUGGCACCUAGUAAAUGUAAGGUGACUUUCCAAAAUAUAUCUCUAGUUCCUUACAAAUCUUUGAUAGCAAUUAAUUUUGGUAACAAUGGGAGAGGUUAAAAUCAAUAGAUGUUAGAGAAUAUUUGUUGUGUUAUUCAUAAUAGCUUGUUAUUGUAUGUCUCAGGAGUUUUCAGUGCAGCGCAUGAACUGAAAAUGGAGUGGGUUGUCGUCAAGGGUAUUUCAGGAUAUGCAGAUGGAACUGAAACAAAAGAAAACUGGCAAACAUUUGCGAGUGUAACAGCAGCUUCUCUUGUUGUCAGCAUUCUAAAGGAAUGCAGUAUUUUUGAAGAUUGGCCAUAUUACAAAGGUAAACAGAUCAAUUUAUAUGUUUUUUAAGCCUACAGUAUAUUUGCCCUCAGUCACUAGCUAGUCUUGUAUGCUCUUUAGUUUUGUGUUCUAUAAAUGUGCUGGAACCGAAUUACCAAAACUGAAUUAAAAACAUGAUUAAUGACCUAUGAUCAUGCACUGACCAAUCAGAACAGCUCUUGGAUCAGAAAUGUUACAUGUUUGUCAGCAAUUUCACAGGCUCUGCUUAUGUAUGUUGAGCUGGGCUAACAAAAGCUGAGACAUUCAAGAUAACGACGUUGACCUCAACUCAACAUAGAGGAGCUCUAAUUUUCUUUCUAUAAAGAUUGAUGGUGGGAUGGUUUCAAGCUUUUGAUAGCAUAUUUUCCCAUAUUUUCCCUCAGGGAAGAGGACCUCCAACAUCCCCAUAAUACACUGGAAACUCUUGCCUUUAAUACCCCUCACCCCCACCGUCAGCCCAACCCCCAUUUUAUAAACCACACCCAACCUAAUUGGUCCAACGAAGGGCUAACGCUCGAAACAUCAGCUUUAGAAACUCUCUACAAUGAGCAAUUUACAUUAUUUAAUUCAGUUGAUAAAACCAAAUUAUCAUUGCUAACUGAACAACAGUUAGGACUUGUUGUUAGGAAAUCACUUAACCCUUUUACUCUUUUAUCUCAUUAGUAAUUCUCCUAAAUGACUGCCAUACAAUUCCUAUGAUUCUAGUUCUGAGAAUUUGUUAUUUGAUCAACUAAUAACCCUCUAAUUGAUAUUUCUCUUAAUUCUCAUCACUUGCCUGCUUGAUGUUGUAUGGAUAUUGUGAGGAGAAAUUCUGUCUUGGUCACUCAUGGGAGUUAAAGGGUUAAGCCAUCAUCGUUGUAUACAAAUUUCCAGCAUUUCUAGAGAGACUAUUAGGUCCCUUGGUGCCUCUCCUAAGAACUGCAGUCAAAUGUUGAAUUCUUAGGAAGAGGUAGGAAGGAUCACAUACAUCUUAAACUCCUCACGUAGUUUUGCAUUUUUAGAAAUCUUACACUCACAUUCGUUUUAGCAGAGAGCUUUGUGAGCAAGGUUAGGACACAGUAUUCGAAUUAUGGUGGUUUGAACUGCAUGUAACUGCAUGUCUGUCCUAAACCUCAUAAGGCUGUCUAACUGCUGUCUGUUUGGUUUUGUGUUCUUGAAGAUAUUUCAACUGAUAGACAGUAUUCAGCACUGAGUAAGGGAGUUCCGGUAGAGCCAUCCUGCUCUAGUGCCCAGUCUUCCCAACAGGAACAUGUUUCGUCUACCAAAACAGCAGGUAUGUAUUUGAAUGAACAGAUGUAGUAGGAAACUGUUUCUUUUAUUCUUAUUACUGUGAAACUUAUCAUAUAGUUCUCUCUUGCCUAGUGGGAGGGCUUCAGAGCGCAGAAUCCGAAGGUCGUGAAAUGAGCCCACGCUUCUCCCCUUUACGGGAGGAUCGAAGACGGCACUCGAGAAUUAGGCGCAAGUCGAGUUUUCCCCACCCCACCUUAACAAAACACUGUGGUGACCAGAUUAAGAGUGAAAAUGUGAAUAUUUGCCCUCGAAAUUAAAAGAGUGACAUUGCCAAAGUUACAAAUUACAGAUGGAAAGAAAUAAUCCUCUCACUGUUUAAAAACCUGCUCGAGUAAUUUUCUUCUCUAUGUGAGAGAGAAAAACUUUUACCAAGCUAUUCGUUUUUUGUCUACAGACUCGUCUGAAACGGAAUUUUUGGAAUGGUGCCAGAAUCAGUUGAGGACGUUGUACACUGACACCAUGUGUCAAGUGAAAAUAACACCAUGGGACCCAGACAACACGGUACACAUUAAUGACAUUUACAUACAGUUAACGUGUUUACAGGACCACAGAAAACCUUACGGGACAACGAAAGAAGAGCUGGGAGACAGCAGUGAAGUAUUUGAAGGUGAUGAACAUCAUCCCAUCCGUAGACGAAUUCUAGUGUAUGGAAGACCUGGAAUAGGAAAGUCUACUUUCACUCAAAAAGUAGCUGUGGAUUGGGCAAAUGGCAUAAAGGAGAUCCUCAAAAAGUUUGCUCUUUUACUGUUAAUCAGGUUGCGAGACGUUUGUGAUAGUCCAGACCUCUGUACCAUGUUGAAAACCGCUGAACUGUUGUCUGCUGAUGACCCGAUGGCAGUCAAUAACUUGUGUGAAUAUGUCCGUCAGAACCAGGAGAAAGUACUGCUCAUUUUGGAUGGAUAUGAUGAGUACAGCGGUGGAAAAUCGUCUCUAAUUCACCAGAUUUGGAGAGGCAGUCAACUGAGAGACUGUUGUGUAAUGAUCACAACGCGGCCAGUAAAAGAGGAUGAGCUUAGAGUGCCAAGUCACGCUCAGUUUGAACUUAACGGGUUCGACAGCUGGGAACAGAAGAAACAGUUUGCAAGUAAGAUUCUUCCUGAUGAGGAAGAUGUUGAAGGGCUACUUGAAUACAUAAGAAAGCAUGACCUCGUGAAGAUGGCAGAGAUUCCGCUAUUAUUGUUGAUGUUGUGUCUUCUGUGGAAAAAGAAAAAGCAUCAAUUACCAACAUCUCGUGCAGAAAUUUACGUAGGAUUUAUUCAGACUCUCUUGGAUCAUAUGGCUAUUAAAGACUCAGAAAACGUCCCAACAGAUAAAAGUAUGGAUGAAUAUCAAGACGAACUUUGCAAAAUAGGAAAACUUGCAUUCGAUGCUCUUUUGGAGGACUGCCUUCAUUUUAACUUCAGUAAACUUUCGCAUAGUGAUCUCUCCGAGAAGCUUAUUCAUGUCGGUUUUUUCCAAGUUUCCAAACUUUUUGCUUUGAACCGUGAGAAGAUCGUGUAUUUUCUUCACAAGUCCGUUCAGGAGUUUCUCGCCGCCUGGUUUAUCGUUCAAGAAGUGAAGGUUAAGAAGAAUGAAACGGUCACCUGCUUGUCGGGAAUGGAUACGUUUGAAAAAUCAAGGAAGAUGGCUGAAGUUCUAAAAUUCGUUUGUGAGUUGUCAUCAGAAGCUGCUGGCAUUGUUUUUGAUCAUCUACGUUAUGUCGGAGAGAAAGAAGGUCUCACAAAUUACAAUUUCACUAGGACGCCUUCUGUCGAAGAUUUGUCUGAUGCACAAAAGGAGUUUAUUCUAUUCUGUGUCGAUUAUUUGUUUCGUUGUCCAGCCUCAGACAGACUAGCUGUGUAUUCUGCAUUUCUCUCAUGUGUUAACCAUGUUGUAAUACUUGAUAAGAAACACUCGUCUACUGCUGCCAAAACGCACUUCUUCAGAGACACCACCAGUUUUCCAAACUAUUUAUUUUACUCAGAUUGGAUUACUAGGAUUACUAACUAUGACAAUUUUCAAUCCAUAUUGUUUGACUUGGACGCGGUCGUUUCAACGUACUCUGGACAAAUUAAAGAUUUAAAAAAAUACGCCGAUUUACGCGCUGCUGACUUUUUCCUAAAAAAAAGCGAAAUGAGAAACUUUAUUUAUCUAAGUCGCAUAACAGAUGCUGUUCUUGAUUCUAAACUACUUCAUGAACUGAUAUCAGCGCCGGUUUGUCCUUCUGAGCCACUUGUGGAUAAUCUGCGAAAUAAUGAAGACGACAACAUUGCACUGUCUUUGACUGAGAACAGAUCUGACCAGAUACAACAACAUUGUUUGUCACUGGUGAGAGAGGUUGAGUUAGUUACGCCAACAGUUGAGAAUUUUGUUCUGUUGAAGAACUUGUUUCCUUUAUUAACAGCACCUCGAAAUAUUUUUAUAUGGGGGAGAGUUGACGACAUGGAAGAUAAAUUGAUCGAGAGCGUGAUUUACAGCAUUAAUGUUACUGACAAUCUCCACAGUUUAAAACUUCGCUUUUUCAAUCUAACAGCAAAGUGUGCUACUUUACACAGCGGUGUGAGUCAUUUAGCACAGAAUCUUCAUCACGCGCCACAGUUGACUGUGUUAGAGUUGCAGAAUGUACAAAUUGGAGAAAAGGAAUGCGCUGCACUGGCUGCCUCAUUACAGUACUUAAACAAGUUAAAAAGACUGAGUAUAGGAGACAAUGCACUGGGUCACGGGAUUAUUGAACUGGCUAAGAACCUGAACAGUGUACCCAAUCUGACUGAGCUGAACCUGUGGAAUACAAAUAUGGGUGAAGAUGAAGCAUCAGCACUGGCUCGUGCACUAAAGGAUGUACCAGAGCUGAGCCAUCUUAUUCUAGAGUGCAAUCCACUUGGCAGAGGAGUCAGGGACCUGGUCCAUCAUCUCAGCAGUGUUCCUAAGCCAAAGGAAAACCUGUCCUCGUGCCUGGAUGGUGUUCAGAUGACAAAUUUGACUCAUUUUGAGUUACAGAAUGUAAAAAUGAGAGAAAAGGAAUGUUCUGCACUGGCUGCCUCAUUACAGUACUUAAACAAGUUAAAAAGACUGAAUAUGGCAGACAAUGCACUGGGUCACGGGAUUAUUGAACUGGCCAAGAACCUGAACUGUGUACCCAAUCUGACUGAGCUGAACCUGUGGAAUACAAAUAUGGGUGAAGAUGAAGCAUCAGCACUGGUUCGUGCACUAAAGGAUGUACCAGAGCUGAGCUAUCUUAGAAUAGGGUGCAAUCCACUUGGCAGAGGAGUCAGAGACCUGGUCCAGUAUCUCAGCAGUGUUUCUAAAGUAAAAGAGGACCUGUCCCUUUACCUGGAAGACGUUGAGAUGACAAAGACAGAGUUUCAAGAGUUGUGUACAGUAGUAAGUAGAAGAGACAUUACAGUGUCCACCAAUUACCAU